CCCCAGAACUGAGCCUCUACUUCAGUCAAUCCUCUUUGGUGGAAGUGAUUCCAAGUAAAUUGAAAUUAUUCUUGCGAUGAUUGAUGACUAAUUAACGUCUUAAUAGAAUUCUCGUUUUUGUGGACGACUGCGCAAUGGAAUGGAAUAGAGUGUAAUCUAAUUAUUCUCGGUGACAAUGAAGAGCAGUGCUGGAUCGCAGUGUGUUCCAUUUUGUCCGAUUAAAAUUGGAGUAGUUUGUAAAUAGAGGAGUGAUUUUUUCUCGUAAUAGAGGACAUGGCAACUGUCAAAGUUACCGAGCAAAAGGUCAUUCUUUGCGGGGAGUAUGGGGUCGGCAAGUCGUCGAUAUUUCGAAGGUUUGCUAAUAAUACAUUUGUGACGAGCAAUGACAGGAAAUCGACCUUGGGGCUGGAUAAUAUCGAUAAGGAGUAUCUCGUUGAUGACAGGAGGAUCAAGCUCCAGCUGUGGGACACUGGAGGAAUGGAGAGGGUCGCCUCUGUCACUUCCAGCUACUAUAAAUUCGCGGAGGCUGCGAUUUUAGUCUUUGCCCUCGAUAAUUCCACUUCUUUUCAUCUUCUCUCACAGCAUCUGCUGGAUAUUGUUACCUACGCCGAGAAUGCCAAGAUAUUCUUGUGUGGGAAUAAGAGUGAUGUUGAUAAUAAUGGACCGCAGGUCACUGAUGCGGAGAUGGAGCAAUUUUGUGAACAGUGCCACAAUUUGAUAUCAGCGACUUAUAAAACCUCUUGUAAGACCGGUGAGGGCAUAAACGAAAUGUUCGAGGACAUAGCUCAACACUUGGUGGAGGCAAAUAGAUCUCGAAUGGGUCUCCACGAGAUGGACGAGGAUCACUUCAAGAUAUCCUACGAAGAGUCCAACGAUCCCACCUGCAUGUGCUGAGACCUCAUAUCCUUUUUUUAAUCUCACGACACUGAUCCUCGGAUACGAGGAACCACGAGACUUAUUUUAUUUAUAUCACGAGCUUUACGUAGAUCAAUGACGUGCUAAUUAUUUUCUUAUCAUUAUAUUUUUAACCAAGACUGCUGAGAAAGAAGGUGCCAUUGGGUAUUAAUCACGAACAUUUCCAGUAACAGAUUUUCAUUGAGUGAAAUUAUACAAGACGUAGAUUAUCCGUGCACAAUGAUCUCCUGAAUCUUCAAUUCUCGAAAUUCCUCGAAAUAAGUCAUCAAUUUUAUUAUAUUUAUAAUAUUCCUUCGAGAUAUCGAAGAUUCAGAAAUUUCCAGUGCCUCAAUCCCUCACUCUCUAGUGUCCCCACAAAAUCAUUGCCAUGAGGAGUCACUGGAAUUAUUUCCAAACUCAUAAAGACUCAGUGCUGAGUCCAUUUAAUCGUCUUCAGGUCGAUGCCAUCCUCCACCAUCUCCCAGAGUGGACUGAAAAUUUUUUGAAGAUUAUAAAAAUGAUAAUUGCAAGUGUUUAAUUUUUGCAAUAAUUAAAUACCAUUGAUGCUACCAAUAAAGAGAUCUUUGUAUCAAAAUA